UAGCCGCCGUGAGCAGUUUUGAUUCACAUUUUCUUCUACCCAACACACCCCUCCCUUUUUCCACCCUCCCCCAUGCGAAAGAGAGAGAUAUCAGAAACAUCCAAAAGGCAAAAGGCAUAGAGAACCGUGUUGUAUUGUGUUAUAGUCUAUAGAGAGAGAAUCCUUUCUCAUUCAAUUCAAUUACUCAGUCCUAUGAGAGAACAGAAUCCUUUAGCUACUGUCUCAAUCUUCACAACGUUAUCUCCUUGUAACUUUGGAACCAACAACAACAUUAACACAUGGUUUUUUCCCUCUUAAACCAACACAACACUACUACUAUGUCUAUGUCUAUGUCCAUUCUCCACCUUUAUUAUUUCAUUCUCUUUACUUACUAGUAGAACUCAAUAUUCAUCUUCUUCCUCUUCUUCUCAUUAUGGCUGCUUGUGCUUUGUUCAAUGGUGUUGGAGGAGGAAACACUACUCCUGAUGAAACCAACAACAAUAGUACCUCUAACUCAAGCAACAUCAGCACUGAAGAUUUUCACAACAUGCCACAACAACAACCUCAUCAUUCUGAAAGAAAAUUACUCAGAAAAAGAAUGGCUUCUGAAAUGGAACUUCAACUUCACAACAACAACAACAACAACGAUUAUCAUAGGUUUUCUCGUCGAACCAACAACACUUCCUCGUUGAAUUGCUCUUUACCUGCAACCACACAAAAAGGUGUCACUACUACAACAACAACAACAUUAGCCUCAUCAGGUAAUAAUAAUAACAAUAAUAAUAAUAAUAAUAACUAUCAUUAUCAUAACAAUAAUAAUAAUAGUAUUAUUAACAAUAAUAAUAAUAACGUUGCUUUGUCACGAGAUAACGUUGCUAUUCAAAAUUUCCCUACUGUGACCGUCACAACCAACUACUCCACUAUGUUGCUACCUUCUUCUUGUUCUUCCAACCUCAACAAUUCCUCUACCUCUGCUGCAAACUACACUCAUUACCAACAACCACUUGUAGAAGAACAAAACACUCUUCCUGAAAUCUGUGGAUUCUCUGGUUUACCUCUUUUUCCAUCUCAAAAUAACCAAACAAACCGAACCAACAACAACAGCAGCAACAACAGAAACAACACUAACACUGUUGUUGAUGUUGUUAGUUCUUCUCCUUCAAUGGAAGAAACCUCGGCUACAACAAACUGGAUUGACGGUAUUUUGAAGGAUCUUAUUCAUACUUCAAACAGUGUUUCCAUUCCUCAACUCAUCAACAAUGUUAGAGAGAUAAUAUAUCCUUGCAAUCCAAACCUUGCUCUUGUUCUUGAACACAGGCUCCGUCUUCUCACAGAACCAAACACUUGUGUUCCAGAGAGAAAAAGAAACAGCACUGAACAAAGUGGUGUUAAUGUUAAUGGUAAUGUUUUAGCUGCUUCAAAUGUUAAUAACUCUUCAGUGAAACUCAUGAACCGUGUUGAUGAUGUUGUUCCAACAAGUUUACAUUUUUCUGACUCUUCAACUCUUCUGAAUCAAAACCAAAAUCAAAACAUGUUUCCCAAUUGGGGUGCUACUCAAAUCAACAACAACAACAACCCUUCAGUUUCGUUGGUUACUUUACCUUCACAACCACUAUCCACUCAACAAGAUCAACAACAUCAACUUCAACAACAUCCAGAAGAUCUUGCUCCUGCAACAACAACUACUACUACUUCUGCUGAGUUGGCACUAGCAAGGAAGAAGAAAGAGGAGAUUAAAGAACAGAAGAAGAAAGAUGAAGAAGGUUUGCACCUUCUAACACUUCUUCUCCAAUGCGCAGAAGCUGUAUCAGCAGAGAAUCUAGAACAAGCAAACAAGAUGUUACUCGAGAUUUCGCAGCUCUCGACUCCAUUCGGGACUUCGGCACAAAGAGUAGCAGCUUAUUUCUCGGAAGCCAUUUCAGCUAGACUAGUGAGUUCAUGUUUAGGAAUCUAUGCAACACUUCCAGUUUCAUCACACACACCACACAAUCAAAAAGUUGCUUCAGCUUUUCAAGUCUUCAAUGGAAUUAGUCCAUUUGUGAAAUUCUCUCACUUCACUGCUAACCAAGCUAUACAAGAAGCAUUUGAAAGAGAAGAACGAGUUCACAUCAUAGAUCUUGACAUAAUGCAAGGCUUACAAUGGCCUGGUCUUUUUCAUAUCCUUGCUUCAAGACCAGGUGGUCCACCUUAUGUGAGACUCACUGGAUUAGGUACUUCCAUGGAAACACUUGAAGCUACUGGUAAACGUUUGUCUGACUUUGCUAAUAAACUUGGUCUUCCUUUUGAGUUCUUUCCUGUUGCUGAGAAAGUUGGAAACAUUGAUGUUGAGAAGCUGAAUGUGAGUAAAUCAGAAGCUGUUGCUGUUCAUUGGUUACAACAUUCUUUAUAUGAUGUAACUGGAUCAGAUACAAACACUUUGUGGCUCUUGCAAAGGUUGGCACCUAAAGUGGUAACAGUAGUGGAACAAGACCUGAGCAAUGCAGGUUCAUUCUUAGGAAGGUUUGUGGAAGCAAUACAUUACUACUCAGCACUAUUUGAUUCUCUUGGUUCAAGCUAUGGUGAAGAGAGUGAAGAGAGACAUGUGGUGGAGCAGCAGCUAUUAUCAAGAGAGAUUCGUAAUGUACUUGCGGUCGGAGGGCCAUCGAGAAGUGGCGAGAUAAAGUUUCAUAAUUGGAGAGAAAAACUUCAACAGUGUGGUUUUAGAGGUGUCUCUUUGGCUGGUAAUGCUGCUACUCAAGCUAGUCUUCUUCUUGGUAUGUUCCCUUCUGAAGGGUAUACUUUGGUUGAAGAUAAUGGUAUUCUUAAACUUGGUUGGAAAGAUCUUUGUUUACUUACUGCUUCUGCUUGGAGACCUCCUUAUCAUACCAACACUAUCAUUCCUCAUCAUAACUAAUAUUGGUAACUGCGUGACUGCAGAUAAUAUAUUUUCAUAACUAACUUUUGUUUAAUUAUGAAAGUGAAUUAUCUGCGGUCACUUGUCAUUAGUUAUGAUAAUCUUAAUUGUUGAUGGAGAUCGGAAGGUUGAGAUUGAUUUAUCCAAGUUGUUAUGUGAGUGGCCUGAUGUGGACCUGGUGAGUUGGAGUAGCUCGGUUGUUGGUGUUUUGAUUUUUUAUAUUCUAAUGCUAUGUAGUAUCUCUAUGUUGUUGCUCUAAUUAAAAUGUAAGAGAUAUUGUUAGGUGUUUGAAGAGCAUGUGAUUUUUCUUGCUACCAAAUGUGUACGGCUUCAGUGAUGACACAAAAGUACUUAAUAAUAGAAGAGAGGGAUCUGAAAAUGGCUGAAGUGGUACACAUUUAAUGUGAUAUAUUUUGUUUUAUUAGGAGAAUUCAUGAGGAUGUUGCUGUGAUAUUUCUUACUUUUAUGGGUACUGAAUUUUACAGUC